AUGCUCGCAGCACAGGGGGUUGAGGAGCAAAUUAAAAUCAAAAGGAAAGAGAGAAAGCAUCUUCUCAAGGAACAAGCAGCCGCAACACAUAAUAUUGGCUCCCCAUCAUCAGACCCUUCAAUGUCACUCCAGGAUCGCACAGAGAAUAUGCCUGAUGAAUUUAUUGUGGGCCCGUCAUUUGAAAUGAUACCAGAUGUUGAUGUGAUGAGCAUCAGUGGAGACUCACAGCAAUGUGCAGAUUCAGACUCCAGCAUGGCAUCUUGCGCUCGCACACCCCUUCCUCCAUCCUCACUUUCAGCAGUACCUUUGGUUCACUCCAAUCUCAAAACAUUUAAGAUGGAGUAUCACCCAAAAUCUGGUUGUGCAACCUCCAUUGAGACUUUCUCUAUAUUCGGACACAAGCAAGAUCAGCAGCCGUCUAUUGUUGUUGAAGAACAUUGGCAGCCAUUCAGCUGUUGUGCAGACUUUGAAUUUGCUGAACUUGCGCACAAUGCUGCCCUUAAUAAGGACCACACAGAUGCACUAUUAUGGCUCAUCUGGAGAAUUGUUGAUGGUCAAGCAAAUAUUACCUUCAAGUCCCAUUGCGAUGUUUCUGUAGCCUGGGAUAGGGCGGCCAGCCAGAUGACACCUUUUAAGAAGCAUACUAUCACGACCUGGCAUAAACAGGAAGACCUCAUGUUUGAUUCAUCUUUACCUGAAAAUGCCGUCCCUUUUGCAUUCAUUCUGUAUGCAGACAAGAUGCACCUUUCUUCCACUGGUACAGUCAAAGCUUAUCCGGUCUUCGCUCAUUGUGGAAACUUGCCUGUUCACAUCAGAAACACUGACAGGCUUGGUGGUGAGCGGAUGGUUCCUGAAGAUUCUGAAGAGGACGGCAAGCUGUCAUAUGUGAAUCUCAAAUGUGUUGUAUGGCUUGAAGGGUUUUUCAAGCUACUCAAAACCAUUAUACUCUAUGCCAAGACAGGCUGGCUAUGCACUUUUACGGUGCAUAAGAGCACAAUCGAAGCAGGAAAAGCCAAGGAUUUAGAGUUUCAGAUGCAUUUAGAAGAAUACAUCACAAUCAUCGACGAGACUGAUCCAGAUGCAAUUAAGAACUGGAAUUUUCCCAAAAUGCACACCUCAAAGCACAUAUUUGAUGAUAUCAUAGCGAAAGGUGCUGCUGACAACUUCAGUACUUGA